UCAAAUUGUCUUUGUCAAUCAAUCAUUGACACAAUCAAUCAAUCUCGAAACAAAAUCAACAAAAAAGGUAUUCAAGUGUGUAAAUAAUUCUUUUAGAAUUUAAAAAUGGACUCCAGCGUGGAAACGAUUCAAAAACUUAUGAAAUGGAUAUCGAUAAACACCUACGAGAUUGGUAGUGCACAUUGGGUUGACGUUACUCAUAUCAACAAUCCUCACAGUUUUUACGUUCGACCAACUUUUUGCCGUAGAUAUUUGCCUAAAAUAAAUGACUUUAUAGAAAAUACACUUCCAGACGAAAUGAUUGUGGGUUCAAUCGUAAUUUACAAGUCGAAAGUGUUGCAAUGUUACGUACGAGGUCGUAUCAUGUUCGUGAAAACUGAGAAUGAUGUUACAACGUGUGACUUUUAUGCCCUAGACUUCGGUUGUUUCGAAAAGCAAAUACCCUGGAAUAAGACUCGUCAACCGUGUAUUGAUACUAUCGACGUUCCACCCCUGGCUUUACAUUGCCAGUUGGCAGAUUGCAAGCCCUUUGAUGAGACUUGGAGCAUGAGGGCUAUAGAAAGCAUGAAGUUCUUUGUAGGAAAAGAGCGAGCUAGAAUGUUAAUUAGAGGCAAAACUCCCGACGCUCUCAUUGUGGAACUUGUUAACUCAUGUCCUGAAGACAUUGCUACAAUGUUAGCACUCAGUGGUGAUACUACCCUCGGUUAUAGUGAUAAUAUGAUCAGUAGAUUCUCGCAAACAGAACCUGAAAAGCAUUAUUACACCUAUAAGGAGUAUGAUUGUGGCAGUACAUUGACUGUGAGAGUCCAAGCAGGUGAUUCUCUGGAGGGUUUUUAUGUAGCAGAAGUAAAGGAUUACACGGUUUAUUUUAAUGAUAGAGAAAACUUUACAUAUUUCUGUAAAAUUCAAAAGGAUUUGGAGCCCGAUGAUGUGAAAGAGGAUAUGGCAGUGGCAGUGCUAACGAUGGCCAACGGGAAAUAUGAGCGUGGGCAUAUUAAGGAAGUCAACAAACAAGAAGAAAAAGUGACAGUACUACUGGUUGAUUGGGGCAAAACGGUAACUGUUCCGUUCAUGAGACUGAAACCCAUGACCAACGAGACGUUUUUCCUCCGUCCUGUGCUGGCAAUGUAUUGUAAGGCAGAAAAAAGUCAAGCUUGGGACAAUGGACUUAGCAAAUUUUUGUUUCCUGGCUAUCAAUUCAAGAUAACUAUUGUUGAAAGUGGAAAUGGAGAGGGAUUACCUUAUGUUGUAAAUUUAGAACCUCUGAAAAAAACUUAAACCUCUUUAUGUUAUUUUGAUUGGACUUAAAUUAUAUUAGAAGAGAGAUUAAGACAUAAAAGUAAUACAACAAAAUUCUGAAUUAUGUGCCACUUUUAAGAUAUAGGAAAUAUUUACUUUGAUUACUUCAGAUAAGUAAUUUAUUAUUUUUAAGGCACAGUUAUAAGUAUGUAUGUAUGUAUGUAGAGAAGAAACUAAAAAAUAAUAUCAUUAAUGAAAAAAUAUGUACUUACAACUAACCUGUAUUAGUGAUUUCAAUCAAAUAAGUUUCAGAAGAAAUAUUAAUAUUGUAAGCCUUAAUUUAAAUUUGAUUUUAAAUUCUAAAUUUUGUACAUACCUACAUUACACAUUUACUGCAUUUUAUCAUUAUAAUUCAAUAUUAUGUUAAUUUAGAGUUUAUUUUAAUGUUAAAACCUAAGUCAUUUUGCUCAAAGAGUAAUAUGCAAUCAAUCUGUCUUUAUUGGCUGUUUAUCUGAUUAGUGUAAUAUGUAAUUACCUAAUUCAUUUUAGUUCUUAUUAUAUUAGUCUUAGGUAAAUAUAUUCAGUCUUGUAUGAGACAAAUAUUUACAUUUAUGUAGUAACAAAAAAGACUUAAAAUACAUUUAUUUUAUUGUGAA